AUGUUCAUCAUCAACCUCGGUGGCUCACAUGUCCCUGAUGUCUCCGCCAUCACUGACUCGAUUCCGCCCCCCAGUGCUGCAGAGAGGGCGCAAUUCGAUGUCGCCAAAGAAACCGAGGUUCUGUACGGCGUUUAUCUAGAACUCACACGUAAAAGUCAAAGCGAAGGUAUCCCUGAAGCUGCAAGCUUGGGCAGGCUGUUCGCCAAGACAACCUGGCGCUGGUGGACCAUGACCGGCGGCUGGGAGAACGUCGACAAGCGCAUUUCUGGCAAGUACGAUCCCCUUUUUAUCGUCUUCGUUGGAGCCGCUCAUUCCAUGCUUUCCGGUAUGAAAGCUGUCGCGCUGGAAAGGAAGCAAAAAGAUACACAGAAGAAUGACCCUGCCAAUUCGGGAUCGAUUUUCGGACCUUCUCAUCAGCCUCGUGACAACCAACGUCCCUUUGACAAGGUCGGAGCUACCCGUGCGCUCUUUCAAGUGGCUCAGCACAUCAACAGCAGUCCGGACUCAGAGUCUGCUGUAGCGAAGGCUUUGUUCGAGCAUCUCGCCGGUGUCUGGUGGUAUGAGACCGGCGGUCCGGCUCGCAUCCACAAGGACGUCCUUGCGUCUUUCCCCGGCUGGUUCGUUGGCAAGCUCAGCACGUCCCGACCUCAGCAGAAUGCCUCGCGUCUAGCACCAAAGGAUUCGCUCCAGUUUGACGUCGACAAGGAGACGCGCUCCCUCUUCGAAAUGGCCAAGAAGCGACUCCCGAGGGCUCCACUGGGAAUGGAGGUCGUCUUCUAUGAUUUCGGACUCGACCGCGAAUUCACAUGCGCUAUCUUGCGUUGGUUCGACAACACCGGCGGUUGGAAAAACGUCGACAAGGCCAUCCGCGACCAGUACCCUAAGUGGUUCGUAGACUACAUCGCUAACAUAGCCAAACUUGCGCCUGCCGCCAAGAAACUUGCCUCUCAAUUUUAG